AUGAUAUUUAACAAUAAUUGGGCACAUUUUAAUCAGCAGCUGGUGCUUCGUUUUUUCUUGUUUUUCUAAAUAAAUUUAAGAUAUUAGUAAAUCAAUUUUGCAAAAUAUAUUUCACGUAUUAUUACGCUUUAUGUUAUACUUCUAGUUAUUAAAUUCGAAUAUACACGCAAAAAUAUAGUAAAAGUUUCGACUUGAUUACUAGUUUCGUCAUGUAUAUAGUUUCUUAUCUAUCGCGAGUGAAUUUAAUUUGUAUAUCGCGAGUGUGUGUGUAUAUAGUGAGGCCAGAAACGCAUUAUCUUUGCUGAAAGAGCAUACGUAUACCGCACUAUUAACACUGUGUUUGACAAAGGAAGCAAAAUGAACCAGACCAGAAAUAAUUUUAUCAUAUUAACUUUGAUAAUAUCCUUUCGAUUAAAAAAGUAGAAACUGAGAGUGUUAAGUAAAAAAUAUUAAAGUCUUUGAGAUAUGAACUGCAUAUGUUACCACAUAUAAUAUAUAAAUUUAAUACUUUGUUUUUUAUGUAUUUUGUAACCAGCCGAAUUAACAUUCCUAAAUAUUUUAUAUUUUCAAGAUGUAACACGCCCUCAAAAUUAUAACAUCUACAUUAUUUCUCAAAAGCUUUGAUUUUUUUUUCUACUUUUAGCUUACUGUUGAUCGAAAGCUUAUAACAAUAUCACAAUUUUUAUCCACAAUUUAAAGGAUUCCACGUGUUACGAUAAAUAAUUUUGUUGAUGAGACAAAAAUUUUUUUUCCAAUUUUUCCGAAUGUUCUACACUUUUAGAAUAGAAUUAAAUUUAUUUAUUGAAACAUAAUUUUAUACGGUUCGUAACUUGGAAGAAUCCUGAAUGCGCAUCGUUUUGCAAAGAGUAGAUCCAAUUCCCUGCUAAAUUUUAAAAGUUUCAUCAAAGUGGUAUUCAAAGGUUAGGCAACUCUCGCUUCGAUUAAAUUGAUUAACUACAAGUCGUUUAAAAGGAUUAUUCUUAAAGGCUUCUUCGUUCGACGCUUUUGUCGUUCACAGUGUGAUGAUGUAUUUUGCCUGUAAUCUAAUAAUUUAGUUGAUUCUAUGAUCUCGUAACGUUCAAAUCAAUCGACUCACCACUGUUUAUACGAUCAAUUGUAGUUGAAAAUCGCUAAACUCUUCAAUCAAGAAUGAUCGUUUUCCUAUUGAUGCAAGCAGAAAUCGUUUCGCCAGGUAGAAAUUUCUAUUGUGUGUACAUAAAUAAUUUUUAAACGAAAGAAAAAUCAGUCGAUUCAAUAGCGCGAGCGAGAGUUGCUUGAUGUAAAUGUGCUUUAAUAUGAUUAAUCUGGAGUCGUUUGCAUUGGACAAUUGUAAGUCGAAACGAGCAGCUUGUUCAACUAAAAAACAGACAAGGCGCUUUUUUUACUUUUAUCUCUUCAUUAGUAAAUAAUCUCUUAGUCCGCAAAUGAUCUCCUCGUUUGCGCGGAUGUUUUGUACCAAUUUACGCGAUUUUAUUUCACACGGUCAGGAAUCCUAUGUAUCUGUCGUAUGUACAUGUACAUCGUAUGUAUCCUUCGAUAUCAUAAAACUUUCGUCUUUUCCGAAACAUCUUUUAUCACAUAUUUUAUUUAUAUCUUUUGAGUUAUUUGUUAACCAGGAAUUUAAGACACCCUAUAUAUUUACUAAAGUUUUUAUUUAAUUAUAUUAGUUAUAUCUUUUCUGGUUUGGGUUCAUUGGAUCACAGUAACGACACACUCACAGCGAAUGAAAUUUAUUUCGAUUUUUCUGAAUUUUCGUUGUCAUUCGUUUUCCUCAUUAAUACUUUUGUAUAUCGAUUUUUUUGUAGUGUUUUCUUUAACGAAUAGAUACAACGCAAAUUGAAGGACGAGUAGAUAUGUAUGAAAUAUUUAUUUUCAAUAUUUAUAUAAUAUUUCCCAUUGGGGCUAUCGGCAACUAGGGUAGAAAAUUUAUUUCAGGAUAACGUAGAACAAAAUUGUAGUACGACGAAAAACAUGAGGUUUUACUUUUUAUAUUUAAAAAAAGAAAAAUUAUUCGAACUUCUGAAAAUAUAUCGUUGUUAUCAAACUUUCGAAUGAAAAAUUACGAAUUCGUCAUUUUGACCAUUUUGAUAGUUCUAGCGUCAAAGAAUUUAACAAUGAGAUAAUUAUUGCAUCCAUGAGAUUGAUUACAUAUUCACUCUAUUUAACAGUUUAAAAUUAUAUUUAAUCGUUAGACUGCGGAUUUUUAUGCAAAUUUCGUGAAAAUGUAUUACAGAGCCGUGUUUUCAAUAUUUUAUACUUUCUCGUGCAUCCUAUGCGUUUUUUACACCUCUAAAUUUUCCAUGAAUACGUAGGAGUCCGCAAAAAUUUUGGUAGUUCUAACGUCAAAGAAUUUAACAAUGAGAUAAUUAUUGCAUCCAUUAGAUUGAUUACAUAUUCACUUGUUCACCCUAUUUAACAGCUUAAAAUUAUAUUUAAUCGUUAGACUGCGGAUUUUUAUGCAAAUUUCGUGAAAAUGUAUUACAGAGCCGUGUUUUCAAUAUUUUAUACUUUCUCGUGCAUCCUAUGCGUUUUUUACACCUUUAAAUUUCCCACGAAUACAUAGAAAUUCGCAAAAAUUGAAACUUGCUAAAUUUAUUUACUCCGACACGGUCGUCGCGAAACUGUUAACGGUGUUGAAAUUUUCGAAUCCCUGGCGGAUACUGUUGGUACUCUCUACUCGCGACUUACAAACUAAAUUUCACACAGCAUAAUCGAAUCUGAUAUAUUCUUAUUAAUGCAGCACGAUGUAAGCGCACAAGCUGGAAGCAUAUUAAAUCAUAAGCUAGCUGACGAAUUAACUAGGUCAUCCGCAAUUUCUUUAAAAAGGUACGCGUCCCGCGAACAAGGGUCUCCAGGGUCUUCGGUGGGAAAUGUCAAGGGCCAGAUUAUUCCCAUGAAUCGGGAGUGCAAGUUCGCAGCAACGGAAGUAAUUGUUUGUCGAGAGACUUGAAGGAUACUGCCUGCGAGGAGCAACAAGACACAUCCUAUCCUUUCAACAGGCAGCACGUAAUACGCAGCAAUUACAUAGGCAAAAGUGUCGAAGCCAAGAAGAAGGUGAUCAGGAUGCUGUUUGUCAUCGUGCUGGAAUUUUUCGUCUGUUGGGCACCGUUGCACGUGAUCAAUACGUGGUAUCUUUUCGCGCCGGAUCUCGUGUACUCCACGGUUGGAAGUACGGGCAUCAGCUUGGUACAGUUGCUGGCCUACGUUUCCAGUUGCUGUAAUCCUAUCACGUACUGCUUUAUGAACCGGAAGUUUCGGCAGGCUUUCCUUAGCCUUUUCGAUUGUCAUCGUUGUUGGAGAGUAGGUUGUAGGAACAGCGAUAUUGCUAUGGCCUCAACAAGAAAUGCGGCUCAAGCUGGGAACAACAGCGAGCUGAGCGGAAACGAAUCGACAGUUUACCUUGGGAAAGCAUCCCUUGUCACCAGAUCC